CCUGAAGUGGCUGCAUAUGGCCCUGAUGCUUAUGUAAAAGAUAUUUCACUAAAAAGAAAGUCUCUGAACAUCUCUGACCAUUAGCAAGCAAACAGAUAUGCAUCAAACUGAGCCUCAAGGAAAGUGCUGAAAAAUUGAUUCCAGGCACAUUUUCAUGUGAUUACUAAAUUUAAGCCUGCGAGAGACAUAAACUGAAACCUACAGAGGAAGGAGUAUGGCUCUGCCUUAAUAUUUGGACAUAUCCAAUCUUAUUUAUCCUUCCAAUGAUAUUAUGAAUUAGAUCACUUUUUUCCCAAAUGUACAAAAGGAGAAGUGAAAUUAGAAGACAGUGAAUUAUAAUCCCAAUGGAAGCAAUAACAGGAAGACAGGAAAAUCCCAAUAAAGAAAUAAGAAUUUCAGCCUGGGUUUAAUGCAUUUCUGUGUUGUAAAGAGGGUAGAGUAUUUUGCAAGAAUUACUACCCCAACUCUCAACCAUUUUAUUGUGUUCCCACAUAUAAAUGGAUGCGGUAGAAAUCUUUGGAACAGAACCUGUUUUCUGAAUGAAAUGUUCCAUCUGGUAUCAAUGCUACUUUUAUUCUCAGUUGGUGACAGUCAUGGUGAGAUCGACUGAUUUAAGUAAGUGAGGAUCCUAGAACUAUCAGCUCCACAAAAAUUAUGGUUUUUUCAGCCCACAGGCAUCAUUUCCUUUUGAUUGGUUUCUUAAGCUUCUGUGUAGAUAGCUCUGCGUGCAGUCAAAAGAAUAACACACUCAUUUUCACCAAAGAAAAUACAAUUCGUAAGUGCACGUGUCCUGAUAGUAUUAAUAACAAUGACUGUGAUUAUAGCCUGGCAAAUCUAAUUUGCAACUGUAAGACUGUUUUGCCCUAUACAACAGACAAAACCUAUUACAAUAAUUUGGUAAUUUGGUUCACUGAAACAUACCUGUUGCGAAUCCUGUUAAAUGUUACAUUUGUGCAUAAUCUAAAACUCUCCCUCUGUGGCACUAUUCCUUUGUCAACAAAAUAUUUGACUAUUUGGGGAUUACGAAGAUUACAGAUAAGAAGUGAGAAUAAUGGCCAGUUACAACAGCAAAGUUUAACAAUCUCUGCCAGCUGUGACAAUGGAACCCAAGGCAAGUUGAAGAUGUCAUACAAAGACAGAAAUAUGAUUACUCCUGUUGUUGUUUUAGACACAACUCUUUUCAGUGGCAGUGGCCCAUUGAAAUCAUACAGUGUAGAAAAUAUUUCCAGCAUUUCAGACCAGUUUCCACAUUUGGACAAAUUUUUUACCACAAAUAACAAAAGUUGUAUCAUAACAUUCAUUUACUAACACACAAAUCUUGGCCAUUUCUACAGUAUAAUGUAGAAAUUACAAAUUGCGCCAUCAUGAGAUAGCAUUGUAGAAGCUGAGCUUCUGUUGCUCUUUAUAUUCAAAAAAGAAAAGAACAGGGAGAUGAAUUAACUUUAGUCCUAAUAGUUCCUAUUUCAGUAUAAACUAUAGAAUGCUAUAGAAUGUUUUAGUUCAGCUCACCCCAAAAAUCCAGCUUUUAAUUCUAAUAAACAUUUAUCAUUGCUGAAGUCAUGUUAUAUUAAAAAUGUAAGCUAAUUUAUUCUAUGGAGGCAUGUGGAGGAUAAUAUUUCAACUUAUCUGAGAAAUGUGUCGAGUUGCACACAGCCUUCUUGAUACUUUGCAUGCAUGCCUUCAAGUCAGUGUUGACUCCUGGUGACUGCGCUGGACAAGUCCCUGCAGUUUUCUUGGCAAGAUUUCAGGUGGUUCCUGAAAUCUUGCCAAGUUCCUGCUUCCUAGGGCUGAAAGAGAGUGACUGGCCCAAGAUCACCCAGCUGGCUUUGUGUUUAAGGUGGGACUAGAACUCAGUCUCCUGAUUUCUAGCAUGGUGCCUUUAACCACUGCACCAAACUGGCUCUCUGUUCUUGAUACUAGCCAGAAAAUAAAUUCUUCCGUUAAGCAGUUUCCUCACUGUGUCUGAACAAUACUUAUACAACUCCAAAAUAAGCCAGGCCAUAAUUUCAUAAUUUGAAAUUGGCUUUAUAUUGUGCUUGUUCCAAAGCAAUUAAUAUUUGUAAGUUUGAGCAAAAUAAGAGACAAUAGUUAGUGAAAGAUAUCCAUGUUUGUUUGCCAUCUCAUAAAAACAAGAUUGGUGUGCAACCCAAAAGCUACUUUAUGUGAAGCUAAUUUCUCAUUGACAGAUUUGCCCAAGUUCAAUUUACCAUACAUUUACAAAAUCAAUACAUUUGAUAGUAAUUCCUAGCAAGUAUUCUAGUUGUGGAAAAAAUAUUCUAGUCCUGGAAGACACCUUUGAUAUAUCAAGCAAGACUUAAGAGAAACCAUCCUAAGAUUAGUAUACUGAUCUUAUAAAUAUUUUAAAAUGAGAGAAUGCUACCACUAAACAUGAUUUUUUAAAGUUGAUUUUCUAUAUUUUC